AUGCCUUGCACCUGCCUCUCCAGGAAAAGGAAGGAGAGGUCUCCAUCGGUUCCACCUCUUCAAACAGACCUUACUUUUCAAGCCAACCCACCCUCUGAACCCGUACCGGAACCCACCUCGCCUUUCCUGAAGCUGGGUCGGUUGACGCUAUUGGCCCGAAUAGAAAGGGCAUUCAAUCCUUCACAGGCAGAAGAAAAGGUGAAACAAUUGAUUUCUCAUAUCCCAGCAAGCCAUUCUAUGGACCUCCCUCCUCCUAUCCGGCCAGAAUCAAUAGUAGGAUGCCCUUCAAACCCACAUCCGAGCCACGGGUUUCAUGCGGUCGCGACUAAACAGAAUUAUCUCCAAGAACCCCCCGAAAUUCAUGAAGUGAUGCCCAAGCACACUACUUCAGCUGGAUUCAUUCGUAGAAGUGGCGGCACUAUUCCAAAGAAGCUGGUACUUGAUACGCUGCCAGGAACCCGAUCACAUUCACUGAUAACCCCUUCUAAUGCUCGGAAAUCGCAAUAUGCUGUUGUUCUCGAAACAUCCCAGCCCCUGGUUCAACCGCCGAUUUCCCCAGAACCCACUCCGACAUUCGACAAAUCAAACUCACAGUUUCAUCAAGGAUUCCACUCUUCAAACCCCUCUAUGAGCUCAACCCAUUCUACUGGAUUCCCUACCGGGAGCUCUCUACCACAAUACGCCACCGUGCUACGGCCGUGUCUUGGGGAGCUUUUGACCCCGCCACUCACCCCACCGCCUAACGUUCCGUUGCCACCCAUUCCAACUGCACCGCAAUCCACCGCUUGGCCAAUGCGGACGCACAGUCUCUCCCUGAUAUCUCGACCAUCAAACGUAAAACCAAAUUUGACGGAUUUCUCAUGCCCUCGAGAUGUUCACCCUGACUUAUGGGGCACAAUCCCACACAAGAACAGACCAAGAAGCAAAUCUUCGCCCCUGAGGUCAGAGAUGAAGCGAACUUCAUCUCAUGCCCCUCCUCCACCAGGCCACCCACUAAGGUUCCUCUCAUCACCCAAAUCAUUUAUCUCCGACUCUGAAAUCACUGACGACACAAAUCCAACCAGCGAGGAAGGCGAAGCACCCUGCGUGCCGAUCGCUCUGUUUGAGUGCACAUACUCGCCACCUCUCCCACCGCCAAUCAUCCAAAACUUCGCCCAGCAGUACCAUCCGUCCACUAGAUUUUCCUCUCAAAAAAUUUCCUUUCAGGAGCGCUCCAAAGCCUGUCAUAAUUUCUCUGCAUGA